UUCAAUAGUUUAAAGUAUAAACCAAACUCUCCUUUCUUCUCUCCCAAUCAAAUUUUCUUCUGUUAAAAUUCUUCAUGAUGUGCUAAACCCACUGUACUUGAAAUUAAUCAUGAGAUUUAGCUCUGGAUCCAAGGGUUGAUCCACUAGAAUUAUCAAGUAACUUGAGAUAGAAAGCUAGCCAUGAAAGGAAUUCAAGAAAGUUCAAGUCUGCUCACAUUCAUCAUGUUCUUGUUAUUCUUCACUAUGAUUGGGUUCUUGCAUGGUGAGGAACUUGGGACUCUCUCUUCCUUCAAAGCUUCCAUCAAUGACCCUCUUAAUCACCUCUCCAACUGGAACUCCAACAACAAUCUAUGUGACUGGCAUGGCAUCACUUGUGACAGCAUGUCUCAUGUUCAUGCAAUUGAGCUUUCAAGCAAAAACAUCUCUGGCAAACUCUCCUCCUCUUCAACCUUUCACUUGCCGUUUAUCUCAAGAAUCGAUCUUUCGAACAAUCGAUUUUCCGGUGAAAUCCCACAUGAUAUGUUCUUCAACUCUUCGUUUCAAUAUCUUAAUCUUAGUAACAACAAUUUCACUGGUCAAAUCCCAAGUGGGAGGUCGAUUUCGAAGCUCGAAACUCUUGAUCUUUCCAACAACAUGCUUUCUGGCAGAAUUCCGGACACAAUCGGAUCAUUCUCAAGUCUCAGAUAUCUUGAUCUCGGUGGGAAUGUUUUGGUGGGUGAAAUUCCAAUCUCUAUAACAAAUUUGAAAAGCUUGGAAUACUUGACUUUGGCUUCAAACCAUUUAGUUGGUCCAAUUCCACCACAAUUAGGCCAAAUGAAGAGCUUGAAAUGGAUUUACUUUGGCUACAACAAUCUUUCUGGUAAAAUCCCAACAGAGAUUGGAUUCUUAACUUCUCUAAAUCAUCUUGAUCUUGUCUACAACAAUUUCGCAGGACAAAUCCCAUCUUCAAUUGGGAACCUGAGUGACCUACAGUACCUCUUCCUCUACCAAAACAAGCUUACUGGUUCCAUUCCCAAAUCUGUUUUUAGUCUCAAGAGACUCAUAUCACUUGAUCUUAGUGACAACUUUCUUUCAGGGGAGAUUCCAGAGCUCAUAAUUCAGUUAGAGAAUCUUGAGAUUCUCCAUCUUUUCUCCAACAACUUCAUUGGUAAAAUCCCAACUGCUUUAACAUCCUUGCCUAAUCUACGAGUCCUUCAACUUUGGUCGAACAAAUUAUCCGGCGAGAUUCCAGCAGAGCUUGGAAAACAUAACAAUCUUUCUGUUUUAGACCUCUCCACCAACUCUCUCGCAGGAAAAAUCCCCGAAAGCCUGUGUGGUUCCGGCCACCUUUUCAAGCUCAUCCUUUUUUCAAACUCACUUGAAGGUGAAAUCCCAAAAAGCUUGAGUGAUUGCAAAAGCUUGCAACGAGUACGACUGCAGGAUAAUAAACUCUCUGGUGGAUUACCACAAGGCCUCACUCAGCUUCCACUUGUGUAUUUCUUGGAUAUCUCAGGCAACAAUCUUUCUGGUAGAAUUGAUGACAGAGAAUGGAAUAUGCCUUCUCUUCAAAUGCUGAAUUUGGCCAAAAACCAGUUUGUUGGUGACUUGCCUAGCUCGUUUGCUGGUGACAAGCUAGAGACCUUGGACUUGUCCAGGAACCGGUUUUCGGGUACAAUUCCAAGCCAAUUCAGGAGCUUAUCAUCGUUAGUGCAACUAGAUCUAAGUGAGAACAAGUUAUCCGGUGAAAUACCAGAAGAAAUGUCUUCAUGUAAGAAGCUUGUUAGUGUUGACCUGAGCCAUAACCAGCUUGGCGGCUCCAUUCCUGCUAGCUUGGCUCAAAUGCCAGUUCUGAGCGAGCUUGAUUUGUCCGACAAUCAUUUGUCCGGUGAAAUACCAAGGAAUUUGGGGAGAGUGGAAUCGCUCGUUCAAGUGAAUAUCUCACACAAUAACUUUCAUGGCACUUUGCCAUCCACAGGAGCAUUUCUUGCCAUCCACAAGAGCGCGAUCGAAGGUAACGAUCUUUGUGGAGGUGAUACCACAACGGGUUUGCGACCAUGCAAGAAGAGUACUAAUAAGAACCCUAUUUGGGGGUUCAUAGUUGCUUGUUUCAUUGGUGCAUUGAUGCUGCUUGCUAUUGUUGCGUUUGCUAUUGUUUUCAUUAAACAACAAAACAGUUUGUCGAUGAAACGAGUGGAAAAUGAAGAAGGGAUUUGGGAAAUGCAAAUAUUCCGCGCAAAGGCGAUAACAAUUGAGGAUAUCUUGUCAUCCAUGAAAGAAGAAAAUGUCAUCUCUAGAAGCAAAACUGGGGUUUCAUAUAAAGGCAAGUGUGUUUCAAGCGGCAUGCAAAUCAUGGUGAAGUUAAUCAACGACGUGAACUCACUUCCCCCGAAUUCUUGGGCUCAAAUUGCUCAAUUUGGGAAGCUUCAGCAUCAUAAUAUUGUGAAACUAGUAGGUAUUUGUCGGUCCAAGAAGCGUGCAUAUCUGGUGUAUGAGCACGUAGAAGGGAAGAAAUUAAGUGAAAUUCUUGGGAAUCUGAGUUGGGAAAGACGAAAGAAAAUUUCUAUUGGGAUCGUAAAAGCUCUAAGGUUUUUGCAUUCUCAUUGUUCCUCGAGCAUUCUCACCGGUGACAUAUCGACUGACCAAGUUAUAGUCGAUGACAAGGACGUACCUCGCCUGGAAUUGAGCACUAACUGCUUCAUUUCCCCAGCCUAUGCUUCCCCAGAAACUAAAGACGCGAGCGAGAUCUAUGGAUUUGGGCUCAUACUCAUUGAAUUGUUGACCGGAAGAAGUUGCAGAGAUACAGGGUACUACGGUUCGCACGAGAGCAUCGUCGAGUGGGCCCGGUACUGUGACUCGGAUUGCCAUCCUGACACGUGGAUUGAUCCCGUGAUUAGGGUACAUGCAUCCAAUGAUCACAAUGAGAUUGUUGAAAUCAUGACUCUGGCUCUCCAUUGCACCGCAACCGACCCCACGGCCCGGCCUACCGCAGAUGAAGUAUUAAAAACCCUAGAGUCUGCUUUGAGGACCAGUUCUUGGCUCCCACACUUAAAGUUCUCUUCAUGUGUUCAUUAGCUGUCUAAACCCUACUAAUUUUGGUCUUUAAAUUUGUUUUUCAAUUGACCUUUUCUUUCCUUUUUAUGGAUGUUUGUUGUAUAAUUAGGUUUCAUAAUGAUUGUUUUGCUCAAAUGUUUUGUUUGAUGGUAUGUAAUGUUGACAUACUACUGAGUGUAAAAUUAAUGUAAUGUAGAUAAUGUUAAAUGCCGUUA